CAGAGCAAUGAAAGAUUGUACUUGUUGUUUGCCUGUUUUAUUAAAUAUACAAUUAGAUAGUAAUUAGUAAUUACUAUUCUAAAGUGGAGUGGUUGUAAGUGGUCUACUUUACCAGUCAAAGAUAACUUUUAACUAAUAACCAUAAUCAUAACUCAAUUUAAUUUGAUAGUUUACAAUUGUUCGAGUUUCGAAUUGGACCAACAGUUCAAAUAAAACAUGUCAUAUUCGAUUUCUUUACCAGAUAAUUCAUUACGCUCUUAUUAUGGAGCUAAAAAACCGUUUCUUCAACCCAAAGAACAUUCAGAUGCUAAAAUAAACUUUAAAGACAAUUGGAUGCCAUCGCCACUGGUAUUGAACUGUCCACCAGGAUUGGAAUAUUUAACUAAAAUUGAUAAAUUUUUUGUCAAUAAGAAUCAUGAUCCUCAUGAGUUGCAGAACAGAUAUCUUAUCAAAAACGGUUUGGCUGAGAAAGUUUAUACUGCAAAUGAAAGUAAGAUAUCAAGCAAUGUAAAGCCAUUUCUAAUCGUUUUUUCGUCUCUUCUUCGCCACUCAGAAUACGAUAAACGCUGUAUGAUUUGUUGUAACACCAACAGAUUAUUCGAUAUAAAAGUUUUCGAUUUCCAUGAACGUGAAGUUCUCAAUUUCCAUCGCACUUUAGGAUGUCAAUCUUGUUGGUGCCCCUGUUGCCUUCAAAGUGUGGAAGUCACAGCUUCUGGUACCUUAUGUGGUUUCAUCAAGCAAUCCUGGAGUCCUUUUUUACCCAAGUUUAGAAUCUGUGAUGCUACUGGGAAAACUGUUUUACUGAUCAAAGGACCAUGUGACAUAAAUUAUAUUUUAACGAAAUUCAAAGUAUUAUCAUGUGAUGGUAAAACUAAAGUUGGCCAUGUUUCUGCACAUUUGGCUAGCAUAAUACCAGAGCAACUUCCCAAUGAUCACUCUAGCAUUUCAUUUCCAAUGGAUUUAGAUUUUAAUAUUAAAGCUGUGUUAUUGGCCGCUUCCAUCCUAAUUGAUCGUUUGUUCUAUAAAAGCGCUCAAAAGACCAACGGUAGUCUUGCAAUUGAAGCAGGUUGCGAGGUUAGACAUUGUUUAACCCUGUGUUUAGCUCCAUGGUGUAUUCAUUUACCCAGUGAUUCAUAAUGAGCAUUUGAAUGCUAAUAACUUUUUCAUUAGUUAACAUAUAAAUUUCAAACUAGCCUAGAAAUAGAGAAUCACCAACCGAACAAUCAACAACAUCUGAUGUAAAGCUCUAUAAUUACACCCCAUCCAACCAUCACCAAUCAUCCACCCCACAUCAAACCAACCAACAACCCAUAUACUUGUACUCAUACCACUACUCAAGAUCUCUGUAAACCUUAGUAUAAUACCUGGCCGUAAGGCUUAGGACUCUUAUGCAACAAAUAAAGAGCGAUUGCUCAUUUCAUAGAGUUCAGAGUCUACUUAUCAAAUGAAAUUAUGCACGCAAGACUAACUUACCGAAGAGGUGCGACAGUGAAGCCUUUUUUGGAAAAUCUCCCGUUUGAUUUCGUUCUUUUUUUGUUAAGGAUUGCUUGCUCUAUAAAAGUGCACUAAGGACUAACGGCAGUUCAUACAUUCAAAGCAGGUUUCGAGGCUGGACAUUUUUUUGCUAUGUGCAUUGAUUCAUUCAUCUGCAUCAAGAAAAUAAUGAUUGAACUAUUCAAUAUCAAUAUUGAUGUUUAAAGCGGUAAAUUUCUAUAGCCUCAAGAACUUCACCACGACAAAUCUACAAUUAGAUUU